AUGAAAUCCUUGUUCAGAUAUCAUUUCAUUAACAAAGUUAGCAUUUCCUCUAUUAAUCAAAAUACAUUGAUUCCUUUAUACAAGUCAUCAAUUUCAGGUAUUAGUAUUAUUAACAUAUACUAGAUUAAAAAUUAAAUAAUUUUUCAUAAUCUUAUGUACCUUUCAAAGAAUACUUUCAACUUGUGCCCAUCUUUCUUGAGAGGUAUUUAUUUGAUCACGGAAAACAUUUUGUCGUUGGGAUGUCAUAUUCAAAGGAAUCUAAUCUUUUGUAAUUGAAAUGCUUGGCUCAUUCAGGAAUUUAUACUAAAUAUGUUUCAAUAGUCUUAUAUGAUAGGUUGUUCCUUAAAACAUUAUCCCUACUACAUUUGGUGAUUACAAUUAGAGUUCCAGAUUUAAUUUAUUUGAGCACACUAUCAGAGUUGAUUACGAUAUGAUUUAUUAUAACAAUUAGCAAAAUGAAUUUUACCUUUUUGAUAGAGAAGGUAAAUGGGAAGAUGUGGAGAUUCCAGAAUUAUCAAUCGAAAAAUUGUUUGAUGAGAAGAAAUAUUUGAACGAAGUCUUCAGAUGA